AUGAGAAUUAAAAACAGGUUCAGCCCCUGGUUCAACCGUGAUCUGGCAAAGUUACUCCACCUCAAGAAUUCCAUUUGGCGAAAGGCUCGGCACACGCAUACUCAGGCUGACUGGCUCUCGUUCAGGCAAAUGAGAAAUAAGUGAACUCAGGCUAUCCAGAAGGCCAAAGUUAGUUACUUUAAAGGAGCAGUUCUCUCUCUGUGGGUCUAACCCCAAUGAGUUCUGGAAAACGGUUAAAGCCUGGAGAAUAAAUCCUCCUCCUCACAGCUGCCCAUGUCCCUUAAUGUUGAUGAUGUGGUUGUUACUGACAAGGAGCACAUGGCUGAGCUCUUUAAUCACCACUUCAUUAAGUCAGGAUUCCUAUUUGACUCAGCCAUUCCUCCUUGC